AUUAUUUUAAGCUGUUUCACACUGUGAUCAUCAUGUUGCUCUCUUGAGCUAAGCGGUUCUCGGCGGUGUCCCACUCUCAUGUAACCACUUCCCCUUGUUCCUGUCUGCAGACUCUCUCAGUUGAUCAGAAGUGCUUGAAAUGUUGAAGGGAGAGUGACAGGUUCAUGUCUACCUUCUGCUAUCAUGGAGGUUUUUAAAACCAGGACCCUGCAUCUGAAUUUUUGUGUUAUCAUUAGUUUACUGACCAAUGCAGAUUAUUCCAAAUCCAAUCAAGAGCAAAGGAUUCAGCAGCACAUCAACAAAACAGUGUUUGUGGGGGAAACAGUUACACUUCACUGCAACAAAACCAAAUUUGAUUACGAUUUCACAUGGAAAAUGAACAACUCUGUUAUUUUUAGGCAGGUCUCUGAUUUUAACAUAACUAAAACAAACUUCAGCUCAAACAGGAUUCACAUCAACCCAGCAGUUCCAAGAGAAUUAAAAAUACAUCAAAUACAAGCAUCUGAUGCAGGAAACUACACCUGUUAUCCAGCAGAAAUAAGAUGGACUUUAACAAUAACAGAAAACAGACCAGCGUCACCCAAACAAAUGCCGCUCUACAUCAUCAUCAUCAUCUCAUGUUCUGGAGUCAUUAUGAUCUUUCUGAUAAUCACCAUCAGCUUCUGCAUUCACAGGAGAUGUAAAAACAACAAACAAAGUCACAGAGAAGCAGGACAUGACUUUCCACAAGCACCAGCCAGAGGGAGGAUACAGACUCAAAACAGUCAGUACUUUGAGAGAUACAACUCUGUGUAUGGACAAGUAUGAUGCAUAUUUGUUGUUGUUGUUCUUUUUGUUUUUAAGAAUAAGUUUAGGCUACAUUUUUAGCUAUUUUUUUUUGUUUUGUUUUAAAUUACCUCAUACUUUGAUAUGUAAAAGAAAAAAACAUAACAGUGAAAGAAGAAGCUGUAUAAUUGAAAUAUUUGUAUUUGUUUACAUUGUAUCUAUGUGUAUGUAUUAAUGCCAAUAUACAACACACCCUCAAACACUAUAGAUAUACAAUAAAGGACUGCAGGGGGUUUGUGAACUUAUUUGACAUUUUGUAAAUAAAAAUGAUACAGUAUUUCAAAAUAAUUUUUAAAGGAAAAUUAAAUUUAGUAGGAUUUAGUUGUGAACUAUACAAAUAAAUUGGCCCACUAUAGUGUGUUAGUGAGGUGAUAAACAAUGUUGCCAAGUCCUCGGUUUUCUGGACUUUUAAACUGUUGCUGCAGACUGAUAUUUUUCCCUGCGGGUGAAAGGUUUGACAUAUUGAAUUAAUUAUAUUUGACAAAAAUUCUUGUAUUGAAAUAUUAUAUACCCAAUUUAAAUUUCACCAAUGGUAAAACUGUACUAGAUUAUGAGGCAGAGUAAGAAACUCUUGCGGAAGGUCAAACAUGUUUGUGUGACAAGAAAACAGGGUAACACUUUAGAAUACUGUUCCAUCAUUAAUGAAUAACUACACAGGAACAAAU